AUGAGUUCACCUAUCUUUUUUUAUUUUAAUGCUAACAGUGAUAGAGAGACAAAAGAACUCAUACUACGUAAUACCUCAAAAAAAGAUAUCGUUUAUAAGGUUCGCCAAAGUUGUCCAUUAUCAGUUAAAGUAAAACCAUAUACAGGAGCUAUUAAAAGUGGAAAAAUUCAGGUUAUUUCAGUAACUUUGAGUGAAAAAUUUUCAAAAAUACAAUCAGCAAUUAGUAAAAUAUACCUUGAUAUUUUUUGUUUAGAUGUUAAUAAGGAUAAUUAUGAUGUAAGGCGUAGUUGGUUGUAUGGAAAUAAUGAAAGUAUGGAACAAUUGUCACAUCGUUUAAUGUUACAAAAAGUUCAUAAUGAAUGCCCACGUAGGAUGGUUAUAGAUCUUCCAGACAGAGCCAGCCUCGUCGAACCAAUAAUACUUCCAAUAGAUUUUUACUCUGAAGGAGACACCAAAACAUGCCAUCCUAUUGAUGAAGGUAUUGAAGAUGCUGAAAAAUUUGAUUGGAAAGAUAAAUUAUUUUAUCAUCCAAAAAGAGGAGUAGUUUGUAAUGAUGAAAAUGUUAUGGAAUCUCAUAUACGUGUCCCAUCAAAUCGUGUUGUAUCUAAUGUUGUAAAUGAUAUUGAACCAAAAGUUAUUGAUAGAAAUAAUGCCUCAAAUGGAAUAAUUCAAUCUUUGGUAAAAUUUCUAUUUCCACCCAUUGAAAAUAAUACAAUUAAAGAAAAUGUAAAUAAUGAUGUGACAGGACCAAUAGAUUUGAAGGCUGAUGUAACAACAUACAAGGCAACUGAAAGAAAACGUAAACGUGGAACACUAGGAAUUUGUGGAGCAUAA